AUGCAAAAUGCGACACAAGAGCGUCAGGAAGACGCUCUUUCUACCCACCAGUCUGAGCGUCAUUCACGUCAACAAGACUCGAAUAGUUCGACCCGUCGCCGCUCUCGCCCCCGACGUCAGGGCGUGGCGCUCCCGCUAGACCAACAUUACAACCAACCGAUCAAGCCGCACGUAUGGCGCAGCAAACGUCGCCUCUGGACACGAACGCAAAUCGAUCGGGAGCGGGAUGAGUUUUUCGAUACGAGGGUUACUGGCCGCGCAGAGGUGUGGGCUGCCCUCCGCGCAGCCCUGUCGCUAUUGCGCGAAAGCGAGAUUGAGACGGCGCAGGGAAUAAUCGACGCCGCUGGGGUCACUGUGCCUACUGGCGAUCUAUGCGAGGGCGCAUAUGACGAGAAUGGUGUGCUGUACCGCUUACCGCAAUGUAUUGUGAGCGACCCGGACAACAUUGUGGAUGACUCUGGUGGCGCCGCCGGCGAAACCGACGGAGGCGAUGAUGAUAUCGAAGAUGGCAUUUCAGAUCGCAAAAUUGUUUCGGAAGAGUCGGACGAGGAACUCAUUUCCGACGAUGUUGAGAGACGUCGUGAAGAAAAGGGCAAAAUGAGCGAGCGCGAUAUGAUCAGGGUUAAAGCAAGGUUGAGUGACCGUGGUGGUCCAGAUGUGAUCAUGCCUAUUGGAAAGACGCAAAAUGUGGGUGUGCUUGCUCGCAAGAUACAUAGUGAGGCCAAGUUGGCCAAUACUCAACGUAUACGAAUUGUAUACCUUGGCCGGAUGCUGAGAGAGAACGAGCCCUUGGUCGACCAAGGCUGGAAGCCAGGUCAGGUCAUCAAUGCAAUGGUGGUCGCCAAACCAUCUUAA